AUGGUCGCCCAAGAUUUCGAGGCCGUCCUGCGGGCCAAGUAUCCGGCCAAGGCCCAUGCGAGACGCGUCGUCGACAUCCUCCGACGCACCGUCCCCGACCUCGCUGGCGUCAUCUACCUCGAGGGACGCCAGACGAAGCUGCAGGAGGACAACGACUCGCCCGAGCACUUCCGCCAGCGGCGCCACUUCUACUACAUGACCGGCUGCAACCUCGCCGACUGCCGCUACGCCUACGACAUCCGCUCCGACCGGUCGACGCUCUUCAUCCCCCCCGUCGACGCCGACGACGUCAUCUGGUCUGGCCUGCCGCUGAGCGUCGACGAGGCCCUGGCACGCUACGACGUCGACGAGGUCAAGCACACCACCGACGUCGGCCCGACCCUCGCCCACCUCGCGGGCCGCGCGACCGACGCGACCGUCUUCGCCAUGGCGGGCCACGUCUCCGACGCCGACGCCCUUUCCCCCUUUGGCCGCAGCGACCUCGACGCGCUCCGGCGCGCCGUCGAGACGGCCCGCGUCGUCAAGGACGAGUUCGAGGUCGCCCUGAUCCGCAAGGCCAACCACGUAUCCGCACUCGCUCACGAGGCCGUCCUCCGCCGAGCCGCGACGGCCAGCAACGAACGCGAGCUCGACGCCGUCUUCCUCGAGCGCUGCGUCGCCCACGGCGCCAAGGAGAUGGCCUACCACCCCAUCCUCGCCGCCGGCAAGGCCGCCGCGACGCUCCACUACGUCGCCAACGACGCGCCGCUCGACGGCAAGCAGAACCUCCUCAUCGACGCCGGCGCCGAGUGGAAAAACUACGCAUCCGACAUUACCCGCACCUUUCCCUUGUGCGGCAAGUUCAGCAAGGAAUCGCGUGACAUCUACGACGUCGUCCACAAGAUGCAGCGGGACUGCAUUGAGCUCAUCAAGGCCGACGUGCGCUGGGACGACAUCCACCUGCACGCCCACAGGGUGGCCAUUGCCGGCCUGCUGGCCCUCGGCGUUCUCAGGGGCGACGCCGACGAGAUCCUCGCCGCCCGCACGAGCGCCGCCUUCUUCCCGCACGGCCUCGGCCACUACCUCGGCCUCGACACCCACGACGUCGGCGGGAACCCGAACCCCAAGGACGAGAACGUCCUGUUUCGCUACCUGCGCCUGCGCGGCACCAUCCCCGCCGGCAGCGUCGUCACCGUCGAGCCGGGCAUUUACUUUUGCCGCUUCAUCAUCGAGCCCUACCUCGAGGAUCCCGUCCACGCCAAGUUCAUCGACGCCGCCGUCCUCGAUCGCUACUGGGACGUCGGCGGCGUGCGGUACGUUUGCCCCCUCCGCCCGCCGUCCUCACCCGCCGCUGACCUCGACAGCAUCGAGGACAACAUCCUCGUCACCGAGACGGGCUACGAAAAUCUGACGACGGCCGUCAAGGAGCCCGCCGAGAUGGAAGCCGUCGCCUCCGCGGCGAGGUCGGCGUGA